CCAGGAUCUGGAAAGGGAACACUCUGUAAAAGGCUUUCGGAAGAUUACGGGUUCGUCCACCUAUCAGUUGGUGACGUAUUGAGAGAACUCGUGGCUUCUCCAGACGCCGACGAGGGCAUUGUCAACAACAUACGAAGUGGAGAACUCGUACCCGUAGAGACGCUCGCACCAUUACUGAAGAGCCAAACCGAAAAGGCGUGUCGAGAUGGACGAAAGAAGAUUCUGGUGGAUGGCUUCCCGCGGCGCUUGAAUCAAGCUGCGCCUGUUGAGGCAGUGCUUGGAAGCCCGAUACUUGUCAUGCUCUUCGAUUGUCCAGAAGAAUUGGCUCUGGAGCGCUUUCUCGCAAGAAAGUUAGCCGGCAGAGAGAAAGACGACGAGCAGAUGUUCAAGAAGAGAUAUCAAGAGUUUAACGUGUCAAAUCCAAGUAUAGUUGAUCAUUACCGGGAAAAGGGUCUACUCCUUGAGGUUGGUUCAGUGGCAUAUGCUACUUGUUCGUGUUCUAACGCUGGCAGAUCGAUACGAGCGGGGAGACUGACAUAUCAUAUGAGAAGCUUAUCGGUAUGUUAA